AAAGUGUACUUUCCGUUAUAAAUAAUACUAAUUUUAAAAUUCAAUCAUAAAUAAUACAAAAACAUUCCCUAGGUAAAUAGCGAAUUUUUAUGAAAACAACCAAAAAAACUGCUAGUAUCUUAAAUUUUAGAAAAGUUGUAAUAAAAAUAUCAUGAGUCAAUCACGGCUUGCAUCGUGUAUUCCCAUACCUAUCGAACACAAAAUACUAGUUUCUGUGAUAGAAAAAGCUAAAGAUUGGGCUCUUAUGCACGGCGUGGGCAUGAGAGACAAGAAAAACUUUACCAAAGAUGCUAUACAGAUUGCUCCAUUUGUGCUACUGCCAUCACCAUUCCCAAGAAGUGAGUUUGAGAAGGCCGUAGAGCUACAACCAGUAUUGAAUGAGCUCAUGCACAAGGUAGCACAUGAUGAUGAAUUUUUGGAGCAAACAUUAAAAAAUGCUCUUCAGGUAGAUGAAUUUACGAGGGGAUUGUACAAUAUAUGGAUGAAAGUGCGGGAGGAGGGAAUUAUGCAGCCGACGUCACUAGGCAUGCUGCGCUCGGAUCUCAUGCUGGAGUCCAGGUGCCCCGACGCGACCAACAGGUGCUCCAGCCACAAGCCCUACUGCUGCUGGAAGCAGGUGGAGAUCAACAGUAUCGCCUCUGGCUUCGGCCACCUUGGGCCCUCACUCAGCCUCGGACUCUUCCGUUCGGACUACCUGAUGCACGUAGGAGACGGGAACAAAAUAAAACAAGUGGAGUUUAACACGGUAGCGGCGAGUUUCGGGGCCCUCACGUCGAACCUGCCCGCCAUGUAUCGCUAUAUACUGCGUCAGUUGGGACAUGGUGAUCUAAUCAAAAAUAUGCCGGAGAACCUGGCGCUGUCUGGUCUGUGUGCGGGCAUCACGGAGGCGUACGACCUGUUCGGCGUGCCCGGCUCCGUGGUACUAUUCGUGGUGGAGGAGGUGUCCUACAACAUCUGCGACCAGAGGUUCCACGAGUUCCACAUCGCGGAGACGAGACCUGAUAUUAUGAUAUACCGGAAAACCUUGGGUGAAAUAUACGAGGAGACCGAACUAAAUGAGAAGAAACAGCUCAUACUCGAGGGGUCGCCGGUGGCGGUGGUGUACUACAGGUCAGGGUACGAGCCGGCGCAGUACCCCACGCCCAAGGAGUGGGACGCGAGACUCCGAGUGGAGCGCUCCACGGCGAUCAAAUGUCCGUCCAUCCAGUACCAGCUGGCGGGCACCAAGAAGGUGCAGCAGGCGCUGGCGGCGCCGGGCGCGCUGGAGCGGCUGGCGGGCGGUGCCGCGCCGCGCAUCCGGGACAUCUUCACCGGUCUCUACUCGCUCGACUUCGACGACAGCGGCGAGAGCGCGGUGGAGAUGGCGCUGGCCGACGCCGACAAAUUCGUGCUGAAGCCGCAGCGCGAGGGCGGCGGCAACAACCUGUACGGGGCGGCCGUGCGCGAGGCACUACUGCGCAUGCGCCGCAGCCGCGAGCGCGCCGCGUACAUACUCAUGGAGCGCAUACUCCCGCCCAUUGUGUCGGGGUACGUGGUGCGGGCGGGCGCGCCGGUGCCGCCCCCCGUCACAGACCUCGUCUCCGAGCUCGGCAUAUUCGGCGUCAUCAUUGGGACGAAGGACAAGAUCUAUUCGAAUAAGCAGGUGGGGCACAUGCUGCGGACGAAGCUAGCUGACGCCGACGAGGGGGGCGUCGCCGCCGGCCUCGGCGCGCUCGACUCCCCCUACCUGCUCGACAUGUAACUCCCUCUACCUUCUCGACACCUAACUCCCCCUACCUGCUCGACAUAAAACUCCCUCUACCUGCUCGACGUGUAAUUCCCUCGGACUCUUCCACAGACAUAGA